UUUUAAAUGUUUUAUUGUUGAACAUGCCACACAGUUUUUCUGCCACGUUGACUAAGGUUAAAAGAAAUAUUAAAGAUUUAUGUUUUUGCAACUGUUCUUUUCUAUUAAAUAAUAAACGAAGAAAUUGAACACCAACACCGUGUAUCAAUAACAAUAACAGGAAUUAAUAUCAACUAUAUUAGUUAAUCGUUCUCAUCAGAAACUAAUAUCAUUCUUUAGUUAUGACAAGAAUUGGAAUCUUCUUUUUACUAAUUUCAUGGACCUAUUGUGAAUAUUGUUACCUAUCUGAUAGGGAAUUAACAGAAUUAGAAACUGCUUUCUUUGAAAGCGAAAAUUAUUCAACGAGGAUAGGUUCAAACGAAGAUGCAAUAAUUUGCUUAGGUGCCACAAGAUCAGGGAAAAGUACAUUAAUUAAUUACUUGAUGGGCAAUGAACUAAAGGGCAUACAAAAUUCGAAAUAUGCUGAACAUAAAAUAGUUCAAGCUAAUAAUGAAUCAAUAGGACCGGAAAUUGGCCAAGGACCAACGUCAAAAACUACAAUUCCCACAAAAUGGACAUCGAAUAAAUUGCUUGGUUACAGUAUUUUUGAUGCUCCUGGAUUUGAUGACAAUAGAGGACCAGUACAAGAUAUCACUAAUUCUUUUUAUCUCUAUCUAUUAAUGAGAAAUGUUAAAUCUUUAAAAUUUGUUUUAGUUAUUGAUUUUGGUGAUAUUGAACGGGACACUACUAUACCAUUCUUAAAACUUUUACAUAAUUUUGAAAAUUUUUUUGGAGAUAAGUUCGCUAUGUUCUUUUCAAGCAUAUCAGUAAUUUUCACAAAAGUGCCUAGUGAAAUCGAUGAAACUGAAGUUGACAUUGAAAUGAUAAAACACCUAUUAAAUAAAACAGCUGUUGCAAUUAAAAAUGUAUCUUCCACUAAAGUAAACAAUUUUCUUGAAUAUAUAAUAAAGAAUAGUAGGGAUAUUGCAUUAUUUAGAAAAGCAGAAAGUAAAAGAAUUGAUUCUUUUGACAACGACUUUAAUAUUUUUCCUGCCAUUAUUAACACUAUAAGCGUAAAUAGAAGUGUUCUUCAGAAUAUUGCUCCAUCUGUUUCAACAAAGUCCCUUGUUUGCCUAUUCCAUGCUAAAAACAAAUGGAUAUCAAAGACAGAUUUUAAUAAAAUACAACAAUCUUUAUUAAAUUUAUUCAUUAGUAUACUGUCUGAUUGGGAAAUUCCAAAAAAUAAUACAAACGGUCUUUUAAUAAUAUAUAGGAGAGAAAGACUAAUUGAUAUUAAAAAAUUACUAAAUAAUUCUAUUGAAAAUGGGCGUGACACAAGGCGGAGUUUGUCAGUUCCCUCUUCUGAAUGUGCUACUUCAUCCCCACCAUUCUGUCUUACAACGCCCCAAACCUACGAUAAAAUUUCUGCCCUUCUAAUACAAAAUCCUACAACACAUCCCAAUGAUUCAAUAGACGAUGUGCAUGUUUCUGUUCCGAGAUAG